UAACCUUGAGACAAAGUUUAUCACUAAAUCUAUAUGAUCUUUCGGUCUAUGCAAAUCAGUAUGGGGUACGUUACACACCGAUGACCUAUUACCCAGCUACCAGAAUGUUUCGAAAAGUGGUACUCGUACUCGUUGUUGCCGUGGUUUUGAGUCAUGUCGGAAAGUUUCUGACAGCCAUGAGGGUGUUUCAGCACGUUUACAACCACGUGCCGGGUACGUGUGGUUUUGUUGAGGGCGUGGAGCAAGGUUCUGAAGACAUCGUGUUGAUUUCAUCCGGUCAAGCGUUCAUCUCGUCAGGUUUGGUACCACAGGGGCUCGUACUCGACCCCGUAUACUUCUCGUUUGUACCAAAAGUCUUCGUCUUUGACUAUCGAAACCCUUCCAAUGGAGCCAAAAAGUCAACAUCGUGCCAAGGAGUCUUGAGGAAGACUUCGUACCCCACGGUCUCAGCGUACUCGAAGACGCAUGCCAAAGGUCACAGUGAAGACAGGGUUGAGAUUUUCCGAUUCGACGCAAAUUCCAACAGCUUGAUUCACGUCAAGUCUGUGACGCAUUCUCUUCUGUACAGCGUCAACGACGUCGUUGCGACAGGACAGGAAAGUUUUUACGCCACGAACGACAAAUAUAGCACGGGUAUGUACAGUAAGAUGACCGAGACUUGGCUACUACUAUCAUGGUCAAACGUUGUCUACUACAACAAGGGAGGGGCUACUAUAGUAGCCGGCGGUUUCAAAUGUGCAAACGGCGUCAACCUAUCGCCUGACGGUAACGUUGUGUACGUUGCUGACUCCAUCAAAGGAGUCGUAACUGUUUUCCACCGACAGAGAGACAACACUCUACGACGUAGCCACGACAUCUCACUACAUACGAGUCUCGACAACAUAUGUGUGGAUGCGACGUCAGGAGAUCUGUGGAUAGGAGCCCACCCUAAACCGAUUGAGUUUGCCGAGCAUUUGAAAAACGCGUCUCACCCGUGCGGUUCCCAGGUGCUGCGGGUGAAGAACCCGGCGGGGGAGGCUGCGAGGAUCACCGAGGUUUACUCUGACGACGGCCGGUCCGGGUUAUGGGGGUCCAAUAUAGGCUGGACUUAA